ACGCUGGUAUAAAUAGAGAAGAUUUUCUAGUUAUUUCUUCAUCCAGAAUUUUUUGCUGCGGACAGUAAACCAGCCACCAUGCAGUCCAUCCAGUUGUUUCUCGCCAUGUUAGCUGUGGCCUAUGCCGGUGUGUCCGUGCCUCUGACCACAGCCAACAUUGACGCGUUUCUAAAAUCUCACAACGAUGUGAGGGCGGCUCUCAAGAUUCCAGCCCUAGUAUGGAACACCACGUUGGCCAACUACGCCAAAAACUGGACAGCCCAGUGCGCUUUUAAACACAGCUACGGACCGUAUGGAGAGAACCUGUACAUGUCUUCACCAUUGAGCUCAAACGCCACUGCUUUAGCCUACAAGAGCUCUUCUGCCUGGAAAAGUGAACUGGUCAAUGUGGUCGACUUCACCAAAUGGUCGUGUAUUACAACAUCACCAACAUGUGGUCACUAUUCCCAGAUGGUGUGGAAAAAAUCAACAUCGGUGGGCUGUGCCUUCACUCAGUGCGUCAAUGUUACUGGAGCCAUGCCUAAUCUGGUCUCAUGUAAUUACUACCCACCGGGAAACUACAUUGGACAGCUGCCCUAUUAGUUCUGGCACCCAUUGUGACAACUGGUGAGGUCCAUUGGUACUUUGAUGGUCAAGAGGUCGAAAAUUUGAAAUUAAUUGAAAAUUCAAACUGAAAAGCACAAUUGUUUUAUGUUCUUAUCAUAACAAAAUUACCCUGUCAGAACUUCAUAAUCAAUCACAAUUAAAGCUAGUACAAUUCGACAGCAUUUCUUCAAAUUUAAAAGAAGAGAAAAUCUUAAGCCCAAAUGUUGUUUUA